AUGGGUGAACUCGCAAAAGGAGGCUGGUGGGCCUGGUCGACCAAGAAGAAGGUCCUGAUCAUCGGAAGCAUCGCUCUGGUCAUCGUCGCACUGGGUGUCGGUCUGGGCGCCGGACUCGGAAUUGGUCUCAAAGGCGGGGAUGAUGACAACGACACUGACACCGGCGACGACGGAACGGACACAUCCACGCCGACCAACACAACCGUCAAAUGGCAACCAGCCGUCGGCACCAAGUGGCAAAUUGUCCUGAAACACAAAAUCAACGACACUUCGAUUGAUGCACCAAUCUACGACAUCGACCUCUUCGACAACGAGGCCAGUGUCAUCUCGGAUCUCCACAAGCUGGGCCGCAAGGUCAUCUGCUACUUUUCUGCCGGUACCUACGAGGACUGGCGCACGGACAAGGACGAGUUUGACGACGCCGACCUGGGUGACAAUCUCGAUGACUGGCCAGGCGAGCGAUGGGUCAACGUCAAGUCCACCAAGAUCCGCAAGAUCAUGCAGACGCGCCUGGACCUGGCCGUGAAGAAGGGAUGCGACGGCGUGGACCCGGACAAUAUCGAUGGCUAUGAUAACGAGAACGGUCUUGGUCUCACGCAGGCCAAUGCGGUCGAUUACGUGAAUUGGCUGGCGUCCCAGUCUCACAGUCGUGGACUGUCAGUUGGACUCAAGAACGGCGGUGAUAUCAUCCCCAAGGUCAUUCACAACAUGCAGUGGUGUGUCAAUGAGCAGUGCGCCCAGUAUAAUGAGUGUGAUACAUAUGAGGCUUUCACCGAUGCUGACAAGCCGGUCUUCCAAAUCGAGUAUCCCAAGGGGGAGACCACCAACAACGACAAGGAUGUCACUGCUAAACAGGUGACAAGUGCUUGCACGGCUAAUGGUGCUGGAAAUUUCUCCACUGUCAUCAAAAACAUGAACUUGAACAACUGGGUUGAAUACUGCCCUGAGUAG